AUGCCUACAUUUGAGACACUCAAGGAUUUCUGGGAGAAGAUUUCUGCUAACUGGACGCCUUUCUCAUUGGGUACUCAGCCAUACCUCGUUCCUUUACAUGAGGAUAGGGUACCGCAUAGUCAUCACCGCAUUUCAGAAGGCGAACCCCUUCUGCCAGAUCGUCAUCGUGCGCCACUUCAGGAAAUCCCAGAGGACAGCUUCCUUGAAGUGGAGGGAAGUGAAGACAGUGGAAGAGACUCGCUGAGCAACGUGGCUGGCUUAUCAGUUAAUGCAGCAAACGCUCUCGCAGUCAACUCCGCGAACGAAACAACGUAUUUGCCCUCUCGCACCACGAUUAGCGCAGACUCUAUCAUCGCUCAACAUCAUCACCCUGCCCCGCGAAACCUGAUGGGCAACUCGUCAACGAAAUACGGCUCGAGUGCGAAAUACGCCGCACGUUCGACACCAGCACCGCUCCUCUUUCAGCACGCCAGCAAGCUGACGAACAAACGCCCGCUCAAAGUGGACUUACAUGGCCACGUCGGUGGAAAGCCUGCAGGUAAAGCGUCUGCAGACACUGGAUUGAGUGCUGCGACUGCCUACGGCAUCAUAUGGAAGCAACCUAGACCACAUCUCGCGCAAGCCAUGAAGCGGCGCUACGCGCAUACGGAAGGAUAUCGCACCUCCCAAGCUCAACAUCGCCAUAGUCCCCUCCAAUCGAACCGUCCCGCUCCGCCCAGCAGAACCAUAACCGCAAUCCGCCAUACAAACACCGACACCGCAUCCGCCGCAUCACUUCAGUCAUCGCCAACGCCCAGUCUCUGCGAAACCGACACCUCAACCCCGACCCCGACCACACGCGCCGCCCGCGCAGCCCUGGCCCGCAUAAUGACGCGCCAGCUCUCCCACGAACGCGCGCUAGGCAUAUCCUACACCGCACCACCACCACUGGGCAUAAGUCCCGCGCCCGAGCCCAACGACGCCUUCGCCACCCUCUCCGAGCUUGAAGCAGCGCGCGCCCACGACUUUAGCGAGCAUCAUCGCCUAAUACUGCAUCACGCUCCACCUAUGCCUGAGCCGGACUCAGCACCGCCUUCCUCGUCUUCGUAUGCUUCGGAUAGUAGUAAUAGCGAGGACGGGCCCGUAGUGUUUCGUGGGAGGCCGAGGCAUCGGCAGCGGCGGUGGGACCUUGGACCGGGGUAUAGGGAUAGGAGGUGGUGGGAGUUUGACUUUGACGAGUGGAAUGCGUGGAUUGGGGUUUGGUUGGUGGGUGUGUUUGUGGGGAUUGUGCUUGUUGCUGCGGGGGUUGCGGUGUGGAUCUUGAUGAAUUAGUAGGAAGUAGAGCAGGCGGGUAGGUUGUCUGGAUAAAGGGAGGGUGUUCGAGAGAAUCGAAGGUGUGGAGGUGUAAGAC